AUGCACCAACAACAACAACAGCCAUCAUCAUCCUCUUCACUAUUACCACGACUAUCCAUGAUUGGAGAGCCUCAAGAUUUUUCCUACUUUCAAUCUCUUCAGUAUCCAACAACAUCCCCACUAACAACUUCAUCUUCCUUAUCGGGAUUGAUGCAAAGUGGGCAUAGCCAAAAUCCAAUGUAUAAUCAUACAAAUUAUCCAACCAAUAAUGCAUCUAUUAGUACGAAUAAUCAUAAUCAUAGUGGUGGUAGUAAUUACAGUAAUAAUAAUGAGCAACAACGUAUUGGAGCAAAUACUGUCAAUGAUAAUGAACAUGAAACAGCAACAACUGAUACUUCUCCCAACUUUCACCCAAUUGCUUGUGAACAAUGUCGCAAAGUUCACAAGUUUUGUACAAAGGUAUUACCAAUAUGUGAUAGAUGUUCAGAGAAGGGUAUUACAUGUGAAUAUAAAACUCCAAAGAGAAUGAGAUAUCACAAGAAUAAUCAACAGCAAAAAACAAAGAAAUCAAAACCUUCCUCAAAUGUGUUAAACCAGAAAACUCCUCAAAAACUCUCUAAAAAGGAAGUGAUUGAAUUUUUCUACUCUCUUCAUGAAAAUGGAACAAUUGAUAGGAAAAUGUUGGAAGAUCACAUUUUACAAAGAAGUGACAAGAAGGAAAUUCAUGCCCUCUUUUAUGCUAUUAAGGGAUUGGUUGAGCAAAGACUUGGAAUUUCUACAGCAGAGGCCUCUAUUAAGAAAUCUAGAGAUUUGUUGGCACCAUUUUUUGACACUGUUGUUGAUAAUUUCAAUGUUGCAUGCACCUAUUCGUUACUGGCCUCUUAUGAAUCUGGAUCUGGGAAAAGAAGUUUGUGUAAAUUCUAUAUUGGAGCUGCAAGAUGUUACGUUGAUGGAAAAAAGGAUGAAGAAUUGAAUCAAAAUGAAUUGGCAUUCAAGAAGGGACUAUUCAUGAUGGAUAUUUUCCUAUCAAAUAAUGAAUUUUGUUUAAGCAUGAUGGUUAAGGACUUUCCAAAGAUUUUUGAAUAUUUCACCUCUGAGAAGCUUCCACCAGAGAUUGCAAAAGCCCUCCAACAGCCAAUUACACCAGAAAAUUAUCAUGAACAUUUGAGAUUAUUCGAGGUUGUAGGAACUUUUAUUAGAAAACAUAUGGUUUGCAAAGAUAAGGAUGAAGAAUCAGAUGAAACUAAGGCAAGAGCAACUGAAUUAUUUAAAUCCAUCAUUUCCAAUGGUGUGAAAAUCAGUCUCUUAACCAAAGCAGGUUAUGGCGACUGUCCAACAGUAGAGGAAGCUGCUUUAAAGAUCACACUCCUCACAGAACAAGACUUGUUUUCCUACUUUUCAGUGGUUGUACUGACCUACAUUGCUAUGGCUGCCAGAGUUCAUUUGAGAAUUGUUAACAAAAUUGAACAGGGUCUCCGUCAGAAUUUAUUAACAGGAGUUACUCUUGAUAAUGCCAUAGUUCCAAUUGAUUAUUAUCAAAUUCUAGAAAAGGAUUAUACGGCUCUCAAAUCAAUGGGAAAGAAAUACAAGAGAGUGGAAGUGGAUUACAAUUCGAUAAUAACAGAAAUUGAGGAAAUUCUCCACAAGAGACAGGAAAAUACUUUGAAAACCACACCAACCAACAAUUCAAGUUGUUUAGAGAGUCCAACAACUAAUUGCGAUUCAGAUAAUUUUGAUCCAUUCCUUUCCAAUGAAGACAUGUUACAAAUGUUCCUUCAGGGUGCCUCCUUUCAAUUCUAA